GGAUUUAACCAAGAACGGCAAAUGGAAGAUAGAGGAUGAAAUCUUUAUCUCUAAGGGCGCCUCAAACGUGGCUUUGAAUGCAUCAUUUGAAUCUGUAAUUUUCAACACCUCUCGGAUAUUUGUACUACACGCCACUGCCUCGUUAGCCCGACGCAUUUUUGUCACGGCAAAGCACGUCCUACCAAAGCAAAUCCGUUUUGCUUGGAUUAUCACUGAAAAUGCCUACACCAGAAGUGAAAACAUACUUCGGGAUUUCCCCUUGGGAACUAAAGCAUUUCUAGUCAACCAUGACGUUUUGGCUAAAGAACUUCUAAGAGAUGUGUUGGAUUUUACCAUGGAAGCGUUCCAAGGAGAUGGUCACGGUCGUUCGGCGUUAAUUUCUCGUCUUAUAACAUCGCCAUCUUUGUCACCGUCAUUUUCGUUGUCUACCUUGUCGUCAUCGUUAUCGUCGUUACAUAUAUCAUCGUAUUCGGGGAAGAAUAAAGCUAAUGGCUGCUGGUCAGCCAGAUCGGAAGUUGUUCAGCCCCACCAAGACCCAGUUUAUAG